UGCCGUGGUCCAUGGUUUUUACAUAAUCUGAUGUGAACAUGUGUUUAUAAUUCAACAGAACUAUAAAUAUAAAAUUAUAGGCAACAUUAAAUACACAGAUGCGCAUGGUUUAUUUUUAUUACUAAAAUUUAAUUUUUUUGGAUUUAAAAUUUUAUUGGUUGUCUCAGGAAGUUGGUUGUCUCCUUGACCCCAGCUACAACAUAUUAUAUGACUAAUGAAUAAGCAGCGGGAAAAACCCAACUGUUAGUGAGGCGAGACUAGCACAUCAUUGUAGCACCAUUAUCAGCACUUCAAUACAGGAAUGUAAAGGAUUAUAUCAAGAUGGCUACAUAUGAAUUAAAUCAGUUUUCGGAAGAUAUUGACAAACUCAUCGAGUGUGCCAUAUGCCUUAAGAGAAUCCAGAAUCCAAAAUCCCUCAACUGCCAGCAUAACUUCUGUUUGGCCUGUCUGGAAGAUUGGGUUAAGAAGUGGCGUAAGCUGACUUGUCCAACUUGCUCAAGAUCAUAUCCCAUUCCAGAGGGCGGGCUUCAGAAGCUUCCCACAAACAUCUUUCUGAAUAACUUAUUAGAAACACUUGAACAAUAUGAUAAAUCACCUACAGAUUACAUCACAAAAUGUGUUUGUGGAAAAGCAGAAGAAUACUACUGCCAGGAUUGCAGACACUGCUUGUGCUCUUCUUGUACAGACAAUCAUAAAAUAUUACCAUUUGUGGCAAAUCACAAGCUACACACAGUGGAGGAUGUGUACUUAAUGACACCACAGGAGUUUGCUAUGUUAAACACUCCGUUGUGUUCACUUCACUCUAAGCCUUUGGAGUUGUACUGCCAAGAUUGUAAAACUUCAAUAUGCAAGCAAUGCAUAUUUAUAGAACACAAGGAAGGGAAACACAAAACAAUCAGUUAUUCAGAAGCAUUUAAAACAUUUAAAGAAACUUCGGCAACUCUAAAGGAAGCUGUUCAUGAUUGCAAGAACAAAUUACAAGGUGGCCUCAAAGCAGUUACUGAAAAUACUAUAAAAUUAAAUCAAUGUAGAGGUAAUGCUUUGAAUGAAAUUGACAUUCUUGUGCAAGAUAUAAUCCAGAGAGUUACGGAAAAUGGAAAUAAGUUAAAAAAAGAAGUAGAGGCAGUCUAUAAAAUGAAAAAGCAGGUAAAUGAUGAACAAGUGGAUGAAAUGAGAAUAAUGUUAUCUGAUGUAAAUAUAAAAUUGUGUUUUCUAAAUCUGUUAUUGAAUAAUGAUGAGGCAACUGCAAUGAAAUCAAUUGAAACAGUUAUUGCAGCACUGCAGGAUAGAAUCAAUGAAAUGCCCAAGACAGAGCCAAAGGAUAAUGGUAAAAUUUUAUUCACUACAGACAAACGCCAUAUUUCUUCUUUGCAGCACUGUGAUAUAGGAAAAGUAGAAAUGAAAACGAAGGCAGUGGAGUCUCUAACAUUAAAGCGAGGGGCGUCUGCCAGCCAAGGUCAACGUAAUUCUGCAAAACUAAUAAAAAAAAAUGAAUGUGAUGUAGAUGAAAAUCACCUAGCGGCAACAUGGACACAUCCAACAAGAGAAACCAACAUCACUCAACUUAAAGAUGACAAUGGAUAUUAUGUUGCGACAGAAAAAUCAGCAAGGCCAGGUGUUUGUAGAUUUAAUGUGGGUGUUGAUGAUAAACCAUUCAAGCAGUCACCGAUGGUAAUUAAAGAGAAAAAAGGAUUAGUAAAUACCAUUCAAAUAUACCAAAAAUACAAGUUAUUUGGUCUUGUUUUGUGUGAAGAUGAAUGCUUGUUGGUUUCAUGUGGUACAAAUGAAAUGUACAAGUACAAGCAAUCUGGAGAAUACACUGCCAAGAUUACACUACCAAAAGGUGUUGAAAUAUUUAAAAUGUGCAAAAUGAAGAAUGGCAACAUAGCAGUCAGUGAUGAAUGUAACAAAUGCAUCAAAAUAGUUAAGAUGAAUGGUGAGGUGGUCAAAUCAAUUGGUCAAGGAAUACUGAGGGAUCCAGCUGGGAUCCAUGUGGAUGAGUCAUCAAACGUUGUGUAUGUAGCUGAUUGGAAAAAUAAAUGUGUGUACGUGUUUGACAUCGAAAGUGGCAGAAUGAUCAGAAAAGUAAUGUCACCAGGCAAAACAAUAAAUGUCCAUGAUGUUGCACUUACAAAGCAAGGACAUAUUCUUGCAUUAGAGAGAGAUACUAAACAGUCUUGCAACAAUAAAUUGCAAGGAUUUAGUAAUGAAGGAUUGUUCAUGAGAGUACUUAUCAAAGGUGAUGAGCAUGGCAUAGCGGGUUUUCGAGAAGUAGUAGUUGAUGAUGAUGAUAACAUAAUUUUAUUAAGUAAACAAAAAAUAUACCAUUUCAGCAGUGAUGGAAGUUUUAUCAAAAGGAUUGAUAAACCGGAAGAUGGGAUCACUGAUCUUGGUGGAGUAUGCCUAAUUUCACAGCAUCCGUGGAGAGUGGCGGUAGUAAAUAAUGGUGACAAAACUAUAAAAAUAUAUAAUUACUAAAAUGUAUUAUAA